CUCUGCUCUGGACGCCUCAGCAGCUCUCUGCGUCUCUCUGCACUUAUCAUCUCUUCUUCUUCUUCUUCCUCUUCUUUCUCUCUUCGUCCUGCCUUCACCCUCCAGCCACCGACGUCAGUGGAGCAUUUCAAUCCCCUCUGAUAUUCAGGUUAAUCUGAUUAUGAAGAUUUCCUCUGAGACGUUUCUUCGUCAAUGACGGCCAAGAUGGAGACUCCUUUCUACCACGACGACUCCCCCGCUGUCCCCGGCUUCAGCCAGAUCGCAGAAUACGAGCGUUACCCGGGAAACAAGAUGCUGAUGAGUAAGAAGGCCAUGUCAGUGGCAGGCAAUCAUCACUUUCCCGGUGGUGGUGCAGCAGGAAGUAGGGGCGGGAACACCAACAACCUGGGGCUCGCCGGCAACAGCUCCCUGAUGACAUCAGCUGCGCCCUCGGCAGACAUGAACCUGCUGAAGCUGGCAUCCCCCGACCUGGAGCACCUGAUCAUCCAGUCCAACCAGGGACUGGUCACCACCAGCCCUGUGUCCAACUCCACCAACCCCUUCAUCUACCGCAACCAGGCCACCAACGAGCAGGAAGGAUUUGCUGAUGGCUUUGUCAAAGCACUCGCUGACCUUCACAAGCAGAACCAGCUGGUGGGGGGCCCCAUGUCCCCGUCCUCGUCCUCCACCGUCUCACUGCAGGCAUCAUACCAGAGGAACCUGAUGUCUGGUGGAGACAUGCCCAUCUACACCAACCUCAGCAGCUACAACCCGGGCCAGAUGGCGUACUCUGGAGCACAGAUGGCAUACGGUAGCAGCUCAGGCCACGGUGGCGGCGGAGCCCCUCAGCCCCAUGCCCGAGGCCUGGACGCCCCUCAGACCGUUCCUGAGGUGCCUCAUGUGCCGGGCGACCCCACGUCCCCACCCUCCCUCUCCCCAAUCGACUUGGAGACACAGGAGCGAAUCAAAGCAGAACGCAAGAAGCUCCGCAACCGCAUUGCCGCAUCCAAGUGCCGCAAGCGCAAGCUGGAGCGGAUCUCACGGCUGGAAGAGAAGGUGAAGGUCCUGAAGAGCCAGAACUCAGACCUGGCUUCCACUGCCGCCAUGCUGCGGGAGCAGGUCGCUCAGCUGAAACAGAAGGUCAUGAGCCACGUCACCAAUGGCUGCCAGAUUGCCGUCGGCUCGGCCGCUGCUAAGUCCGGGGCAGGAGGGGGAGGCACCGGCAGCGAGGACUCCAGCUGCUGAGGAGGCAAGGCACCAGGAGAUUGAGGGUGUAAAAAUAAGCCGAGAGGCAGAGGGUUUACUGUUACGAUUUUGGCAUUUCGCUCACACUCUCGGCCAGAGCGAGCAGAGAACAAGGUGUCAACGACGCCUCAACAGGACAGGUGGAUGUUUAACGGGAUUUAUGUAGCCCCGUAAACCACUGUCGAUCAUCCAGCCAGAGGGGACAGAGCUUAGAGGAAGGAGGGAUAAAUUCGUAAUACAAAUUUGUAUGAUUUGAAUUUUGAUGAUGAAUUUUUCAAGAAGAGAUGGCGACUGAUGUAAUUUGAUGAGACUGUUAAGAAGCAGGGUUUGACACUCUAAGAGGUGUGUCUGUGAACAGACGCGACACAUUUAUUCAACAGGUGAAAUAAAUUUACUGAGAGAUUUCCAAGUUUCCAGUACAGAAGGUUUUCUACAGUUUGAAAAGCUCAUGACAAUAUUCUUUAUUUUCAGAUGUCAUUACAUCUCAGUGAAUAAACUGUAUUGGAAAUAGAGGAAAUUAUUAUCCACCACUGAUUUGUUUUCAUUUCCAGUCAAAACAUUGUUAUAAAUAAAUAAAUGACAUGUUAGAAUGAACAUUUAUACAGUGUGAAAUGUAUCUUUUAUUAUUUAAAAUAGAGUUGAGAAGAUUGCUCAUAAAAUAUAAUCACAAUACUUCAAUGAAAUCUCUGAUGUAAUUUAUGUGGAAAACAGUGUCAAGUAAUCAGAUUACUUUUAGUACCAGAGUGAGGACUGUAAUUAGAAUUUUCUUGUCAUAAUUUACAAUAAUCAGUUUUCAAAGAGACAAUUUCACCCAAUUUUUUUCCAAAUCCAGUGAACGCCUCGCUCAAAAUGGCAGAUCCCGCAGUUUGUUUUGUAAUCUGAUUACUGUAAUCUCUUUACUUUUUUUGUACUCCAACUGUGUGUUAACACAGCUAAAGAAACAAGAUCUUCACUUUAACAGCUCUGUUUUUACAGUAACUCUUCAUGGUAACUGUGAUAGAUUUAUGUAAUCUGAUUACUGCAACCUCUUUACAUGUCUACAGCUAAAGCUCAGCUGUGUUUGGUUAUAAUCCAGUGACUGUUUAAAUGUUUAAGUGUGUUUCUGUGUUUUCUGUCUGUUGCUGCUGGAAGUUAAAAACCUUUAAAGCUACGUUUUGAUCAGGAAAUAGAGGUUGAAGUUUCAUCGUUCUGUUUUUCCGGCUGACAGGCUGUUUUCGGCUGGUGAAAACUUUUCUUACUUUCUCUGGAUCUUUCGGGAAUCAGGACUUUGAAAUGUUCAAUUUAAGAUCUGCCAGUCUGAAUAUGGCUUGAGUUUGGAAACUGACAUGUGCAAAACUGACUCAUAUUUAUUUGAAUCCAAAUUAAUGAGAGUUUGAAUCUUUCAGUGUAAAAAUCAGGGUUGUUGUUUUUUUUUUUUACUGAUGUGGGGAGAGAAUUUCACUUCCAACUCAACGGCACAUUUUUUUAAAUUGUUAAAAUCAAAGUACAGUACAGUCUGUACAGUGUAUUUGAGUGAUUGUUGACAUUAAUAUUUUCUACUGCAGCAGAAAUAUUUAUGAGCAUAAACGAAGAAAAAUGUCAGAUGAAGCAUUUCAGAUCUCCUUUUAUUCUCAUUUCUUAACAAUGCUGUGCAAAUAAGAUGUGACUAUUGAAUAAUAUUUAUUAUUUUGAUAAUUAUAAUGUUCAUAAUAUACCUGUUAUUCCUUUACCUUUUCUACACAGUAAACGUAUCAUUUCAUAUGAGUCAAUUGAUUUGGUUUGUUUGUUUGCGGGUUUAUAUGGAAGCCCAUUUCUGCCAGGGAAAGAGAAAAAAAGAUGAAAUGUUAGAAAUGAUGAAAAUAAUUCUCAUAAUUUGACCUACCAUUCUGUCAUUAUGGCAUUUACAUGUAACAACACAUUUUGACUUUGUAUCAUAAUUUGACUUAAAAAGUCACAAUUUCAACCUUGUAUCACAUAAUUUAGAGUUACUACCUCUUACUAUAUUUUUGUCAUUCUUAACAUGUUUCCCCAGGCAGUAAUGGGCUUAGGCUAAAGACUUUCUGAAAGGCAGAAACAUAAACCUGCUGCUGGUUCUGGUGUACAUACAAUUCUUGAAUUUGAUUUUGAUUUUGUUUACACAAAAAUGAUCUCAGGGGAAUAUCAAAUGUGUUCCACCUGCUUUGGUAAGAAAACACCUUUAAGACUCAAUUUCAGGUUAAAUCACUUGAUAAACUGGAUAUAUUUUUACAGUGUAAAAACAGCCAAACUGGAAAAAAGCCUGAAAUUGAAGGCACAACCCAUAAUCCCAAAUGUAAGCAAAAUCUACAUGAGGGAUAAUCCACUCGUUGCUGUGCAGUUAGGAUGAAGGGCUUCCUGACAUCCCUGAAGGGGUUGUAAAAGUACUUGAGUGUGUUCCUGAGGCCCCAGAGAAGGUAGUAGAGGUCCUUGAGGAGGUUCCUGAGGUCACUGAGUGAGUUGACCUCUAACGGAGACUGAAGUUUAGUACACCUUAAGUUCUGAUUUAAAACAGUGGUUAAACUGUUGACCUGAACUAUGUUUAUGUCCACAGGUGUCUGAUAAAAAUCCACAGAUUUUAUCAGACACCUGCCAGCCAAUCAGAGAGCAGUAUGUUCUAUUGCCGUGGUAUAAUGAAAACACUCGAUCUGUUACCUUUGAGAGUGCGUUAUUGUUCUAUAACUGUACAUUUUGUUUUGUCUUACUUACUGCAGCUGUCAGAUAGAAAAACAUACAACUGCAAAAAAUAAGAUAAAUAAAUAAAAAUUGUGAGCAACAAAAAAUAUAAAGCUUCGCUACUUUAAAAGAAUUACAUCAGAGUUUUAAAUGAACAUUAAUACUCGAGUAUGAAAAAAUUCAGUUGCAGUUACAUGUUUUCUGUUUGACAAAUUAGAAAGUUUCAGAAAUACUGUUAGUGAUUAUCAAGCAAAUAUUUAUUUUUUUUAACUUGAACGAGGCUUUUGGCGUCUCUAAUGAUUCUAUUUUUGUACAAAUGUAUAAAAAACGUUAUUAAUAUUCUAAAAUGAUGUGUGUGUAUGUACAAGCUCUUUGAUUGGAUCACUUUAUGUCUCUAUUUAUUAUGAAUAUCUUUUUUGUUAUACAUAUGUGUGUUUAUUUCCUUCUGCUGUGUUGAGAUGUUUGUGUCAAUAUCAGUGAUGAAAUAUUCACCUGCUGCAGGUUUGCUGUUUGUAAAUUGUUGAGUUGGAGUAAUGAGUUUUCCACGUGACAAUGGCCACAUGUUGUAAUAAGUGCACUUUCCUAAACUCAUUUUAGCUGGGUCUCAAAAAUUUCAUGUAAAGGAUGAAAAAUUCAACAAUCAAAAUGUAAAUUCACUGUUGAAGCUGCCCUGACUUCAGGUAAGACAGAUGUUGAUUUAAUGUUGAGAAAUUUGGGGAUUAUUGUAAUUACAAAGUACAUCAUGCACUUCCUUAUUAGGACGUUUCCUAGUUUUGUUUUUACUGUAAAAUGAGACACUUGACAGAACCAGAUGAAUGAAUCCUGAUGAAAUCCUCAAACCUGCAGAUCUCCAUCUGGGUUUUUAUAUUUUCAUAAGAAACUAUGUAGGUAUUAUUGUAAUUACAGUAAAAACAGUAACGUGAAAAUACCUCUUCAAAAGGAAACCUGGAGACAAAAAGUAUGUGGACAGCUGAACAUUCCAGCCAUAUGUCAUAUUCAAAUAACGAUGAAAAUGAACGUGCAGGUGUAACACCCUGAAAAGGGAGAGAAUAAAUAAAGAUGUCUGCACAUGA